GUGAUCGGUUUCGCAACAAUCAGUUUUGAAGCGCAGCUGAAAACGAGCUGAUCGACGGAUCGGAAGAAUAAAUUCAUUUGAAUAACUGAUCAGCAAGGAAUAGCAGAUAAGAAAUAUGGCGAGCAAAGCCAGGGCUAUCCUCCUGUUAACGGGCUAUCUUUUGGCCUCUCAGACCUUGGCACAGACCUACAAUUCCUGGCACCAUGAGCCACAACGGGCUCUUAGCUUUGACCAACGCCCGGAGCUGGGCCCCCGUUCGCUAUCGAACAGUGGGUGGCAGAACAAGCUACCAAACAACCCACAAAACAACCCACAAAACAGCCCGCAAAACAACCCGCCAAACAACCAAGAAGCACAACCCCUAGACUAUGUCGAGGAGGUGGUCAUGAACAAACGUGAGCCGACCACCCCGCCGCCACCCAAUCGCCCGCCGCCCGCUUUCAGCUAUAUGGACCGCUUCAGCGGCAAGCUCUUCCAGAAGAUCGUGAGGUCCCAGGGUCAGCGGAACGUGGUCUUUUCGCCCUUCUCCGUGCACUCCCUGCUGGCCCUGAUCUAUGGCGCCUCGGCCGGCAAGACCUCCCGCGAGUUGCAGCAGGCCGCCGAGUUCAACAAGGGGGCCCAGGACGUGGCCCAGGACUUUGCCAGGGUGAUCAAGCUCAAGGAGCAGAUCCAGGGAGCCGAUCUGACCGUGGCCACCAAGACCUACUACAAUCAGGAGCUUGGUGAAGUCAACAAGAGCUAUGACAACUAUGCCCAGUUCUAUUUCAAUGCCGCCACGGAGCCCGUGGACGUGCAAAACGGCAAGGACACAGCGGCCAGGAUCAACGCCUGGGUGUCGGAUAGCACAAGGAACAAGAUCAGGGAGUUGGUUGGACCCAACGACGUUGAUCCCCAGACACAGGCCAUCCUGGUGAACGCCGUGUACUUCAAGGGUCGCUGGGAGCACGAGUUCGCCAUCAUGGACACGCAGCCCUACGACUUCCACCACUCCGACGGCAGGAUCACCCCGGUGGCCAUGAUGUACAACGACGAUGUGUACGGCCUGGCCGAUCUGCCCGCGCUUGACGCCACUGCCCUGGAGCUGGCCUAUAAGGACAGUGCCACCAGCAUGCUGAUCCUGCUGCCCAACCAGCCCAACGGGCUGGCCAAUCUCGAGCAGCGCCUGUCCCGCCCCGAGUUCGAUCUCAACCGCAUCGCCCACAACCUGCGCCGCCAGUCGGUCCAUGUGCGCCUGCCCAAGUUCCAGAUCGAGUUCGAGCAGGACAUGACCGAGCCCCUGAAGCAGCUGGGCAUCCACCAGAUGUUCACGCCCAGCUCGCAGGUCACCAAGUUGCUGAACCAGCCGGUGCGCGUGAGCAAGAUCCUGCAGAAGGCCUACAUCGAUGUGGGCGAGGCGGGAACCGAGGCCUCGGCAGCUUCCUAUGCCAAGUUUGUGCCACUGUCCCUGCCCCCGAAGCCCAAGGAGUUCAUCGCCAACCGGCCCUUCGUCUUCGCCAUCCGCGCCCCCAACUCAGUGCUCUUCAUGGGUCACGUGGAGAAUCCCACGCCGAUGACCGCAAGAAAUGAACCAAAGGCCGAUGGCUACAACAGGAACUAGAGGGCCUUGGGCCGCUGCAUUUGUGUAGAAAAAAGUAACAAUAAAGUAAAACGCUGUAUUUAUGGAAAUCUGAA